CCCAUUAUCGUGUCUACUUGUGAACAACCAAAAUAGUGAAGGCAAACAAGUCUAAUGGCACUCACUCGGUCGCGGGCGUCGACGGCGCCUCUGGCGCAUCCUGCGCCUCCAGCGGCCCCAAUGAGCUCCGUGUCCAUCCCCAUCCGCUUCCAAUGUCCUCUGUGUCUGGACGUGCUGCGUCGUCCGAUUCAAUUGCCCUGUUGCCAACGCUACCUCUGUAUGGAGUGCUUCGAGCGCGGAUUGGAGCUCACUAGCGUCAACUGUGGCUUCUGUCGCCGCCGCGUCGUCGGCUUCGCUCGUACCAAGCAGUACAAGGUGGACGAGGCCAUGUGGACGGCGAUCAAGACCCAGUGUCCGUUUUUAAGCGACAUUCCGGACGAUAGAGAGCCGCUUGUCGAGUUCUUCGAUGAGAACGCCCCUCCAUUGCAUAAUGGUGGCGAGGACCACCCCACUACGAGCGAUGAGAGCUCCGGAGAGCUCAAAGCUUUUUAUGAACAACAGCUUCGCGAGCAUCAAUCCCAGGUGCAAGAGGCGGAGCAACGCGCACUUGAGCAAACGAUCCAGUUCCUGGAGAACGAUCUGGAGUUUACUGCAUCGCUGGCUGCGUCUCCGGCGUCCUCAACGUCUUCAUCGUCAUCGGGUCCUUCUCUAUCAGGAGCAAACAAGAAGAUGAAAGUAUCAGCUGCGCCUAUGACGACCAGGAGCUCGAGUCACCGACCAAUUACGCGCUCGUUGAGCUCUGUGGACGACAAGCAGCCCAAGCUGGACAGCUUUUUCGGGUCUUCACGGGCUACUUCCAGUCAUUCAGGGCAGAAUUUACGUCGUACGAACGUCGGUCUCUCAUCGCCACGUGCAACCACGCACUUGAAGAUUGAUGAGCCACAUAGGAAGUAUUUCCUGCGCAGCGCAUCGCACAGCCCGACGCCGACCAAGCAGAGACGACGACAAGCUGUUAAAGGACGCAAGCCGCUUCUCCAGCUCACGCUCGACACGACAAUCUCCCCCAUUGCACUACACACCCGCAGCCGAGAUCUCAAGCGUGCAAGCUCGGAGGAUUCAGAGGAACCUACUAAGAUGCUGACACGUCAAGGACGACGACGGAGCUCCUGGAAGUGUAUCCAGUGUACCUACACGAACACGUGCUUUGACAAUCGAUGCAGCAUGUGCCGUAGUCUGCCUCCUCCUGAAGCAUAUACCUCCCUCAGCUCGCACUAACUUAAAACAAAAAAUGGUGUUGUUAUUCGUGUUAGUUGCUCGCUACUGCGUCUUUCGUUUCGGGAUUCUAGUGGUACAGCACUUCAAUACGACAAGAUAGGUAAUACUAACGUUGAAUAUGGCAAUCAAUAGCACCACAAAG